CUGGACUUCAACCAGAGCAGCCUACAACUUUAAGAAAUAAAUGACUUGCUUUUUCUUCUUCUUUCCUGCAGGAAAUCACAUGGAGGUGCUGUUCUUGUACUCACAUGACAGUCCGAGCCAUGGCAGCAGAGAUCAAUGACGGCUCAGUUCCUGCCUAUUACAGAGAAGUGUACGAAGCCGUCUGCUGCAGGAAUGAUGAAAAGGUUCGAGUUGAUGUUUUUUACAGGUUGCUAGAAAGGACCAAUCUCCCCAAGGCAGUUCAAGCCCAGAUAGUCGAGCACGUGGACUCCACCAAUGGUUUCCUGAGCAAGCUGUCGCUCUAUAAAAUGCUGGCUUUAAUUGCCAUCGCUCAGCAGGGGAAGAAACUCAGUCCCAAAGUCCUGGAGAGCUACAUACAAGAGCUACCGAAGCCUCAGCUGGGGGAGCUGAGUGAGUUGUGUGCUCUAAGGAUGCAGCCCGUCGAGGAGGACGUGUUGACACUGACACGCACGCUGGACCAGUUGCUGGACACGGAUUGCAUCCAGGUGGAGAUCAUACCGGAGAAGAAGGGCCUGUUCCUCAAACACGUGGAGUACCAGGUCACCAGCCAGCGUCACAAAACAUCGGUUUAUCGCCGCUACAGCGAUUUCGAUGUCUUCCAUGAGGUUUUGAUGCAGCGGUUCCCCUACAGAGUGGUGCCAGCGCUUCCUCCGAAAAGAAUGUUAAAAGGAGUCCUGACCUCCGUUUCCGAGCGCGAGUUCAUCGAGGGGAGGCGGCGUGGUCUGCGUAGAUUCGUCAAUCUGGUGGCGAAGCACCCCUUCUUAUCGGAGGAUGAGCUGGUUAAGACCUUCCUCACCUUUGGCGGCUCUGAUGUCCAGACAAGGCUGCGGGACAUUUACAAGAAAACGGGUGAUGAGUUCAUGACCAACAGAAUUGCGACCGAAGCAAAGGAUUACCUCCCCGCCGAUAUCCAGAAUCAGUUCUCUCAGAGCAGAGAGCUGAUCAAAAAUAUCUACAACAGCAUCUACAAGCUGCGGGAGCAAGCCGAGAAAAUGGCCGAACGCUCCAAGGGGAACGCCAGUGACCUCCUCCUGUUUGGCAGGGAGCUCAGCACUUUGGGUUCCGAAACGUUGUUUCUUCCACCGUUGGCCUCGUCGCAGAGUACUUGGGGUCCAAUGUGUCAGUCUCUAAAAAGUCUGUCAGCAGAAUUCGCAAAGCUCUCACAUCAAGCCGGGCAGCAGGCCAGACGGGAGCAGGACGAUGUUGUGGAAAAACUGAAUCUUUUCCUGGAUUUGCUCCAGUCGUACAGAGACCUGUGCGAGCGCCACGAGAAGGGCGUGCCCCACGAGUAUCAGCGAGCGCUGCAAAAGUACGGCAUGAUGAAGAAGCAGAUGUUGAACACCAUUGUGCAGCCAAGGGAACAGGCCUUGGUGAGCCAGCUCGAAUCUGGGAUUGUUCAGCAAGAGAGCGCCAUUCAGACCAUGACGUUGCGUAACUACUUCGCACUGUUCUGCCUCCACCAAGAAACGCAGCUCAUUUUCACCUACCUGCCAAUCACCUCCCACAUCCUGGGAGCUUUUGUUAACUCCCAGGUGCAAGGACACAGAGAGAUGGGCGCAGUGUGGAACGAACUACAGCCCAAGCUUGGCUGUCUCUUUGGGGAACCCCAGAACGGAUUGAAACCCGCCCUCUAGUAAAGAAGACACGCACAAAGUAAACACAGCUGCUAAUGAAGAAACUGGAAAAGAAACCUUAUCACAUUUUGGCUCUUAAAUGAAAUCAACCUUUAUUAACAGCCAAUAGGGAAAUUAGCCAAACUGUAUUAUUUUUCUACAAGGGACCAGUUAACGCAGUAGAAAUUGAAGUUUUUUUUUUUGUUUAUGUUCAUAAGUUAUUCUGUAACAAGUAGUAAAAAAAAUCUAACACAGUCGGACAAAAUGGUUGACUUUAUUAGGAUGUUUUGAGUUGAAGGAUUUUUGAUACAGAUUACAGUACAAAAAAUGUAUCAUGUUUCUAUAUAUACUAUUUCUUUGACUAUAUGCAUCAUGCUAUCCUGCUGAGGUUAUAUUGUGUCACACGACUGCCAGGUUUGUUUCAUAAGCUAAAUCCAAGUGCCUUAGCUCAGAGUUACUGAAUAAAAGGCACUGUUGCCACGGCACUUCUAUGACAACGCUAGCAUUGAUACCGUCACUGUAUGUGGAAUAAGUUCUAAACACUAUUCUUCUUAAUCGACAAACAUAAGCACACUUUGCAGAGAAGACAAAGGAACACUUUGGUCACAAUUGCACAAAUAUGUUUGUAUCGCAAAUGAAUAAGCUUGAGUGAUAUUUUGCUGAAAAAUAAAUACAAAGUUG